AUGUCUGCCAUCAAGCUUGGUUUCGUAGGCUAUGGUGGUUCAGCUCGCUUCUUCCAUUUGCCGUACAUUUUGCCCAAUCCAGACCUAGAAGUCUACGCUUUUCUUCAACGCUCGGAAGCUCCUUCGGACCCAUCUGCGGCCAAACCCGGUGCCCAUUGUACUGUUGAUUUUCCGAAAGCAAAGCAUUGCCGAACUGCUGAAGACUUCUUCGCAGACCCAAAUAUUGAACUUGUCAUUGUCUGCACUCACACAAACACGCACUCCGAGUUCGCAGAAAGGGCUUUGAGAGCUGGCAAACAUGUUGUGGUAGAGAAGCCUUUCACGACGUCCAGCGAAGAAGCUGAUCGACUUAUUGCGCUUUCGAAAGAGAAGGGCAAGUAUUUGACUGUGUUUCAAAAUCGACGUUACGACGGAGAUUUCAUGACGCUGAAGCACCUACUCGCGAAGAAUGCGCUGGGAACGAUUACUGAGGCUGAGAUCCACUACGAUUUCGAAAAUCCACCCUGGCUUCAUUACAUGGAUGCCAAGAAGUACACACCUGGGGACGGUAUGAUGUUUGGACUUGGUUCCCAUUCGAUUGACCAAGCACUGGUGCUCUUCGGAAGGCCUAAAUCCGUGACAGCCAUUCUGCGGGAUCUGAGAGGCGCGGAUAGCGAGGUUGAAGACACCUUUACCAUCGUCCUCCUAUACGACAGCCCUCUGCUGGUCACAGUUAAAACUACCAUCACCACAUGCAUGAAGGAACAGCUGCAUUAUUUUGUUCGCGGAACUGAAGGAUCAUACAUCAAGGUACUUAUGAAUGCACGACAUAUCCAAGAAGCGCAAUCCAUCGUGGGUAUGGCUUCCGACGAUCCGAAAUUCGGUGUGGAGGAUGUAAGUUUGCACGGCUUGCUCACGACAUACGCCGAAUUCGACAAGACCCAGUCAUACGAUUCCGAGCACAAAAAGUAUGUCGGCAGAUACCCUACCAUCACCGGGAGAAUUCGCGGGUAUUAUGAGGAUGUUGUUGAUGCCAUUCGUGGAAAGGGACCUCUUCAGGUUGAGGCUCAGCAAUCGCGAGAGGGAAUUCGUAUUAUGGAACUUGCCCGACAAUCCCAUGAUACGGGAGCAACGGUUCCAUGGUCGUGA